AUGACAGUAUGUGAGUACGAGGAGAAGUUCAACCGGCUCAGACGUUACGUAGGUAAAGAGCUGGAAGAGGAAACAGUGCAGAUACGUAGGUUUGUUCGAGGCUUAAGGGUAGAACUUCGAACCUACUGCUCGGUUGGUCAUUUCCAGACAGUGUCUGAGCCUGUGGAGAGAAUGGCUAUGGUAGAGACCAACCUGGCCGAGGAGGCUAAGCAAAGGUCUAGGAGCCAUGCGUCCUCUGGUGGUUCCGGGAGUGUCUGGAAGAGGAAAAGGGACACGGCCGAAGAGGGUAAAACCUCAAGUGGUAGGCCAGAGUGUUCUAAGUGCAUGAGGCGUCAUGGAGGCGAAUGCUGGAAGGCUAUGGGAGCUUGUACUCGGUGUGGCAAGAUGGAUCAUUCAGCUCGGGACUGUCCAGGGCCUGAACAGGUUCGCAGGCAGGGCUCAAGUGGGGGUGAUACCAGGGGAUGUCACCAUUGUGGAAAGGUAGGACAUUUCAAACGGGAAUGUCCUAAGCUCCAAGCGGAACAAGAGAAGGGCCGCAGUGAGGCAAGCAAACCAAGCCAGAGCCGGGGCCAGACCUCUAAUCCAAGGGUUUACAAGCUGUCCAAGGAUGAGGACGAGACUAAACCAUUCAAGUCGAUCACUGGGACCCUAAGUAUUGGUGGUGUGGAAACACACGUUCUGUUCGACACUGGAGCUACACAUAGCUUUGUGAGUCCAGGGUUGAUCGGAAAGGGUUUGCUCCAAAUUGGAACGAGGGAUGAUCCGUGCAUAGUAUAUGCAGCCGGUGGCCAAGCGAUGCAUUCCUUGGGACUGGUUAGGGACGUCCCAGGGAUGAUCCAGGACAGGGUAAUGCCUGUGGAUCUGGUGGUAGUCCCCCUUAAAAAUCACGAGGUGAUAUUGGGUAUGGACUGGCUUGGAAAGAAUCGGGCCACCUUGGAUUGUCACCGGGGAAGGGUGCAGUUCGAGAGUGGGUGUGGACCCCCGAUCAGGUUCCAAUGUAUUAAGCCGGCCUCAAGUUGCUUAGUUGUAUCAGCAGUCCAAGCAGAACGGAUGCUUGAGAAAGGUUGUGAGGCUUAUUUGGCCACAAUCACCACUAAGGAGGUCGUGGGGGGUGGUGACCCAGAAGGGAUACCGCUGGUCAGGACGGCCCCAUUGUCUAAAAGUCCCUAUCGAAUGGCUCCUGCCGAAAUGGCCGAGCUAAAGAAACAACUGGAGGAGUUGUUGGACAAAGGGUUCAUACGCCCAAGUGUCUCGCCUUGGGGAGCACCAGUCCUGUUUGUGAAGAAAAAGGAUGGUAGUUUCAGGCUGUGCAUUGAUUACCAAGGGUUGAAUAGGGUGACUGUGAAGAACAAGAAGACGGCAUUCCGGACCCGGUAUGGUCACUACGAGUUUGUGGUUAUGCCAUUUGGUCUAACAAAUGCUCCAGCUGCGUUCAUGAAGAUGAUGAAUGGUAUCUUCCGAGACUUUCUGGAUGAAUUUGUAAUCAUUUUCAUAGAUGACAUACUUGUAUAUUCCAGAAGCAAGGAAGACCAUGAGAGGCAUCUGAGGGCGGUGUUGGAACGGCUAAGAGAGCAGAAACUCUUUGCUAAGUUAAUCAAGUGCAGCUUCUGGCAGAAGAGCAUUGGCUUCCUUGGACACAUUGUGUCAGAUCAAGGAGUGUCUGUGGAUCCGGAAAAGAUACAGGCUAUCCAAGCCUGGCCACAACCUAAGAGUGCUACGAAAGUCAGAAGCUUCCUAGGGUUGGCCGGCUACUAUCGGAAGUUCGUCAAGGGGUUUGCGAGUUUGGCUCAACCCAUGACUCAACUCACGGGCAAGGAUGUUAGUUGCAUGGACAGGAGAUUGUGA